UGUCGUCGUUCACAGUUCAAUUCGUCAUUCCUGCUGCAUCACUUGCACUACAAACUUUGUCAACUCUAUGUUUUCAUCUAGACUUUUUGUUAACAGAUGGAUAUCAAGAAAGAGAUCAGAGAUCUUAAUAAGAAAGGAGGCAAGCUUACAGAAGAAGGGCAUUAUAGUGAGGCCAUUAGAUUUUACGAGCAAGCCAGAGGGAUAGCAGAACAAUACUUAGAAGUAACAGAUGACGUAAGACUGGCAGUGCUUCAUAAUCUGGGGGACACAUACAUUCGUAAUGGAGAAUAUAUGAAAGCACAAGCAAUUCUAGAAAAUCUUUUAUCAGUUAUGAGAAAACAUCCUGAGACACAUAAUCUCUCACUAGCUGACACCUUGUCUUCUCUGGGGCAUUGUUACUUAUUUCAAUCCAAGUAUGUCGAUGCCACAUCAUUAGUGGAGGAGUGCUUGUUAAUACAACAGAAACACCUUCCAGCUAAUGAUGUGGAUAUGGCAUCGACUAUGAGGAUACUUGGUGAAUGUUUUAUGAAACAAAACAAACUGUCUGAUGCAGAAAGAUUAUUGAGACAUUCACUUGAGAUCAGGAAAUCUGCUCACACAGAAGAUCAUCCUGAUCUUGCAAGUGUUCAUUUCACACUUGGUCAGUGUCUUAACCUACAAGGUAAAGUAAGUGAAUCAAUCAAGCUGAUGACCGACUGUGUCAGGAUGUCGAAAUCAAGUCUCCAUCAUGAACAUCCUGAUGUGGGUAAAGGUUAG